CGAUCCUCCUCGUCUUCUCUUUUUUCCUUCUUCUUUUAUUUCUGGAGAUAUUUAAAAAAAAAAAUACAAAAAUUAAACCAAAAAAAAAAACUGAAGAAAUCUCGUUUCUUUCAUCCGCCAUUAACGACCUCUCAAGACAUGUUCACCAUGUGUCAACCACUUCGGUCUAAGGCAAACUUAGUGAUGCUGUUUAAAGGAUAUAGACGGUUUGUGAGAACAACAUGCCGAGUUUCAAUCCCUGGAGGUUCUUUGGGAAACGAAUUAAAAGCACCUCCAAGGUUUCUUAGGGAUAAAAAAAUAGUUCCUGAUGCUGAUCCUCCUCAUAAAGAAGAUAUCCACAAGCUCUAUCAACUUUUUGAGCAAAGUAAAAGACUCACCAUCUUGACUGGAGCUGGGAUUAGCACUGAAUGUGGCAUCCCUGAUUACAGGAGUCCCAAUGGAGCAUAUAGUUCUGGUUUCAAACCAAUUACCCACCAGGAAUUCACUAGAUCAAGCCGAUCUCGUAGGCGGUAUUGGGCAAGGAGUUAUGCUGGAUGGAGACGGUUCGCUGCAGCACAGCCAGGUCCAGCUCAUACUGCUUUAGCAUCACUUGAGAGAGCUGGACGAAUUGAUUGUAUCAUAACGCAAAACGUUGACAGGUUGCAUCAUCGUGCUGGGAGUGAUCCGCUUGAGUUACAUGGGACAGUGUAUACUGUUAUGUGCUUAGAUUGUGGCUUCUCUUUUCCUCGAGACUUGUUUCAGGAUCAGCUAAAAGCUCUCAAUCCUAAGUGGGCAGAGGCAUUAGAAAGUAUUGAUCAUGGAGAACCAGGAUCAGAGAAGACCUUUGGCAUGAAACAAAGGCCUGAUGGUGAUAUUGAGAUCGAUGAGAAGUUUUGGGAAGAUGGUUUUCAUAUACCAGUUUGCGAGAAGUGCCAAGGAGUACUAAAACCUGAUGUAAUCUUCUUUGGAGACAACAUCCCAAAGGAAAGAGCUACUCAAGCAAUGGAAGCUGCGAAACAAAGUGAUGCAUUUCUAGUGCUGGGUUCGUCUUUGAUGACAAUGUCUGCUUUUCGUCUUGUCAGAGCGGCUCAUGAAGCUGGUGCAAUGACUGCAAUUGUUAAUAUAGGUGUUACCAGAGCUGAUGAUAUUGUUCCUUUGAAAAUCAGUGCAAGGGUUGGUGAGAUAUUACCCAGAGUUCUUGAUGUGGGAUCACUCGGUGUCCCAGCUGUAUAGGGAUUUAUCAAUCAAUUGAUUGUAACAUUCCAAUUUUUAAUGAAUACUUCAGUUCCUGCAAUGUAUCUUCUCAAGUUGUAAUUUUCAACAGAAAAUAAAGAGUAAUCUUCAUUUUAAAUGCAUAAAAUUGACGUCCAAA